GAAAGAGAAAAGGAAAAGGAAAAAAACAGGGAGAAGAAGAGGAACGGCAGGGAAGAGAGUGUUUCUUUUUCCAAGUUCCAGCAGCAACAGUUUAGCACUUGCAGCAUUCCAUCAAUAAAACCAGCAUUUUGACACCUUCCCGGAAAAGUAACCUUCUUUCCAACCUUUACCUGACGUUGUACAAUGAGGUGCAGCAUGGAGAGUUUUUCUUACCAGAUGUGGAAGGCCCUUAUAAUAAUCUGAAACUCAUACAAAAUUGGAGACCCUUAAUGAGGAAUAAUCUACUUCAACGGCCCCCUUUCCUAGAAGAGAUUUUUGUUAAUACUUCACAGGCUACUAGAGAUUCUGCUACUGUAAACUUUAAGGAUAGGAGACGGGGCAGGGAAGGACUCAGUAAAGCCUGUAAAAUUUUCAGUAACAUCCGAAAUGGUAAGAUUUAUGUGAAUGAUGUGCUGCUGACCCUACAUGCCUUAAAGAUUUCCAUGAGUGAUGGAGAGCUGCGUCAGGCACUGAAAUGUGUUUAUAUUGAUGCAAAUGGCAUGCUGGAUUUUUCAAAAUUCAUGGAGAUUUUGAAUGACAGAGGUUCCUUCUCUCAAGACCCAGCAUUCCAGGAAGCAUACCAAAUUUUCGGCAAGAUAAAAGGAGGCCGGGUUGAAGUUGAAGAUAUACUUCCUCUUCUGAAUAUCUUGGGAGUCUCUGUAAUUUUUAGUACUUUCCAGGAAGUGAUGAAUUAUUUGUCUUAUGAUGAUAAUAAAACAGUGGAUUUCAGAGAUUUUCUAUUUUCUUUGGAGGAUUUACAGCAACAAUAUGAGGAUGCUGUAAUUAAGGAAUGGUCAUCCCAGGAUGAGAGUGAUUGGAGAUUCUCAAAGCCCCAUACGAGUAGGUUGUUUCAGCAAUUAAGGAAGAAGAGCAAUAUAUUCCCUAGAUCAUCUGAAUCUUCCUCCACACGGUUCAAUAGAAAGACCUUCGGUGAAAAAGGGUCUGAGGAGAGCAUUGACCUCCUAUCCCCACAACAAAACUUAAAAAAUAACUUGAGUUUGAAGAAUACUUUUGAAAGGGUUGAUAUCAGCGUUCUUGAAUCCCUACGGACGAACUCAAAAACAAACAUAAGCUUCAGAAAACUUGUGGGUCAGUCAGAGACUCAGCUGGAGGAGGCUCAACCCCUCAAAGCUAUUCCAGGCUUUAGAAGAUCUUUCCAUGAAGCUGAUAUUUCUGUUGCCUCAGAGUCCCAACAAAAGAUUCUGAAGACAGAGGAAAGCCAUGAGCUAGAGCCAGUAAAGAGUAACUCCAGAAAAUCUCUGGAAGAAAUCAAUAAAUAUGAAAUAUGUGUCACCGGGACCCAACCGCGUGGCAGCAGUAUUUCUCUCAAGAAAUAUACCGAUGUAGAAGAGAUUCCUAGUGUGAAGAAGAGUUCAAGUUUCCCCAAAUACUGGAAAGAACCUGAGUAUAAAUAUGGAAUUUCUGUCACAGACCUCCAACCACCAAGUAUAAAGAGUAGUCAAAUCCUCAGAAAACUAUCGAGUGAAGUUCAUAUUCCAGAGAUCCCAGCUGCCUCUUUGGACUUGGUUAAGCUUCAGCCUGAAAAAGCAAAAGUAAAGUUCAGAAAGAAGCAGUUACUAAAAGUAACUGAAGAUAUACAAGAUUCCCUUGGAUUUUUCAACAAACUCACAGAGGACAAAAUUGCUAUUGAUGAACUCCAGCCUGUCUUGAAGAUUAUUGGAAUGGAUUUAUCUGAAGAUGAGUUAGAGAAGGUGCUACAAAUGACUCCUGCCGAUGAUACUGAAAUGGUGGAUUUAAAAGACUUUAUGGUUAAUCUGGCCAAAGCCCGACAGUUCUCAGAGUAUACUGUGUUGAAAGAUGCCAUUGAUGUCCUUAAAGACUUUGAAGACGAAAAAGUUCCCUUGGAUCAAGUACAGCCCAAACUGAAGAAAUUGGGAGUCUAUUGUUCCAUGAACGAAUUAAAUAAAGCCUUAGAAAAGAUACCUCCUGAUAGUAAAGGAGAAGUGGAUUUUAAUAAGUUUGUUAAAACUCUGAUGAGUAACCCCUCGUUAGGCAAAAGAAAAUCAAUAGAAGAAAGUCUUGAAAAAGUGGAGACAUUUAAGGGCAACAAGGCUUCAGUGCACGAUUUGUGGGACACUCUGCACACAUUAGACCCUGAUUUGACGGAAAAGGAAUUCCAAGAGGCACUGAAGGCAGUCCCACAAGAUGAAAAUAAAAAGGUAGAUUUUGACGAGUUCUGUCAGGCUCUAGAAGAUAGAAGACAACAAGCACAGGAAAUAAUAGCACCAUCUGAGAAAAUCUUUGCCUUAAAUAAGAUCAAAGAUGACAAGGUAGCCAAGAAGGAUAUGGAUUAUGUCUUGAAGAGUAUGGGGAUUAUUUUGCCAGAAGAACAGUUGGAAAAAUCGCUUGCAUCUACAGAUGAUGACUCAGUGAAUAUCAAAGACUUUGUGUCAACUUUAAGGAGCAAUGACAGUUUCUCCAAUUUUGCUGCAUUGAAGGAAACCAUCAACGCAAUGGACCAGGAUAAAACGAUUCCUUUGCCUGUAAAAGAUGUAUAUGCAGAAAUACUUCAGCACAGAUCUGCUCCGGAAUCCAUGGGAAUGCAGUUAUCUGAUCAAGAAAUUCAGGAUGCAGUUGGUGCUCCUGUUCUUGAAGGUCCAGAGAGAGAUAAAUUCAACAUAUUUAUGACGGCCUUGUCUCAGACCGAGAAGCUUCCUGUGAAAGAUGCCUUGGAAAAGGGUAUUGAUGUUUUUACACAUUUGGAAGAUGGAAGGAUUGGUGUUGCAGACCUGAAGCAUGCCCUGGCUGAUUUGAAUAUCAAUUUACCAAAGGAAAACUUGGAUCAAAUCAUUGCAUCUUGUGCCACUGAUGAGAAUGGGAAUUUACAGUUAAAAGAUAUCACAGUGCUUUGACAGAGACUCCAGAGUUUGCUGAUUCCAUAGCUUUGCAGCUAGCCUCUUCUGGCCUUGAAAAUCUCCACGAUAAUCUCAUUGAUUAUAAUGAACUCAAGGAUUCAUUGACCCA